AUGGAUAAUAGAGACAGUCAAUAUUUCAGCUAUUAUUCAUCAUCUUUCCCAUUUCACAAACAAUUUUUGGGACAAGAGGCGAAUCCUGAAAAUUUCCGCGAAUGUAUUCGCCAAGAUUUAUAUGAAUCUGAUAAUUUCCGUAUGUACAUUUACAAGGUACAAAAGUGCUCAAAACAUUACUGUCAUGAUUGGACAUCUUGCCCCUUUACCCAUCAUGGGGAAAAAGCACGUCGACGUGACCCGAGAAAAUACAACUAUUUUCCAAUUUCUUGCCCAAGUUACAAAUUCGAAUCUUGCAUAAAGGGAGAUCAUUGCGAAUUGUGUCAUGGAGUUUUUGAGUACUGGUUACACCCUGCAAAGUACAGGACCAUUCUGUGCCAAGCUAGAACAUCAUGUAACAGACCAAUUUGUUUCUUCGCACAUACACUGAAAGAGCUUCGUCCGGAGACAAAGUACAAUUGGUGUUAUGUGUAUCGAUACCCUUUAUACAUCCAAUCAUAUCCGGACAUUAUGAUUGAAAAUGGUGCAAAUGGUAAUUGGAUGAUCAUUCCUUGUAACCCUCAUCUACAACCACCACCUGAUAAUUUUUAUGGUACUACCACUUUUGGACUUGGAAAUUGUUCUAAUCCUCAACAAAUUCCUCUAAAAAAUAUGCCAACAUUUGAGUUGUUUCCUCAUCCUCCUCCUUCUACUCCCUCAUCUUCUCAAUCUCAUUCAAAAUUUGACUAUAGGUUACAUAAUGAAAGUAAUUUUUCACUUUUUUCCUCCAACCACACAAAGUUGAUUGAGGAGAUGAAAAAUCUUGAGCUUGGGAGUGUUUCGUAUGCUAAGAUGAAUAAAAUACACGAUGAUCAUGGGAAAAGGAUUGUGGAGUAA